AUGUCGGACGUGGACCGCCCCGAGCCUAUCGCAGUGGCUGCCAUUGUAUACCACGCCCCGCAAGAGCGCAAGAGCUCACACUCUUGUUUCGCGUUACCUGGAGAGGUCUCCCUUCGCCAGGCCGACUGUGUCUUGCAGAAAGCCCUCGUAUACGCUCCAUCCGGCAGUAACGACAUUGCCUGCCACUACGGCGAUCGGAAGCGAGAGAAGAUCGACAAGCAGCUGAAUGAUCUGAACGCACGGGUCGAUGUUUUGGAAAGACUCAUACGUGAUAUUUACCCUACACUCGACAUACAGUCUGCUCAACAUGUUGACCGAACUCUCUGUAAAAUCUCAAGCCAUGCUGGGGGUUUGUCGAACGUGCCGGAACCAGCAGUAAUCUACAAUACCCAAGGUCCGCCAGUGGUCACCAUUGACUACACAGAAGAAGAUUUCAAUUGCCGUGGAGAAAUACAGGCGCUAGGGUUUGUGGGUGAACACUCGGAGAUGGUAUGGUUAUACAGACUCAAGUGUGCCAUCAAGCAAAGUUGUACCACGCCAUCUACAUCCCAGGAGGACCUCAUCAGGUCAUCCGUCGCGUCGAUGGAUUAUUACCAAAACGACUGCGAGAUAGCAAUGCGAGACGAAGUGGAUUUAUUGGUACGACCGUCGCAGAGCAUGGCUGACCAGCUCGUCGACAAUUAUUUUGAAAUUAUUCAUCCAUCAUUUCCAAUCAUUGGGAAGACGACGUUUGUGGGUCAAUACCGAUCUUUCUAUAGAGAUCCAACCGCACAACCUGGGAAGCAAUGGUUGGCAGUGUUGAACUUGGUAUUUGCCACUGCUGCAAUGCACAUGUCGCUCGUAAAGACGUCCGAUAUGGACAAGGCGGCUUUGCGAGAUCAUCCCAAUCUGCAGCAGGUGCAGGUAGAGGGCUUAGCAGCCUUUUACCUUCUUGCAAGUGGGCAAGUCAACAGGUCAUGGAAAUGUUGUGGUAUUGCCAUUCGCUCUGCAUUGAUUAUGGGGCUCAAUCUUCGCAGUGAGAGCCAAAGUGUUGCCCCGUUGUCGAAGGAAAUCAGGUACCGGGUCUGGUGGGCUUUGUAUACGCUGGAAACGUCGCUUUCUGUGACGACUGGCCGCCCCCCCAGCACUAGUGAGGUAUUCCGCACAACACCGCUUCCUAUGCCCUUUCGCGAUGAAAUCCUGCAGAGAGACCAUGUCUUAAAGUACACAAAAGUCCAGCCGGCUCGGAGCUGCCUUAUGGCAACGCUGUGUUCCAAGGGGUGUUCAACCUUUAAGGAUAGCCUGACCGAUGGUGUACCUUUGGAUUGCUUGGCGGUCAACAAAAGAUCUCCAAAUAAAUUGACUGCGCUCAUGGUGGCGGAAACCCAACAACCAAAUGACAAUUUAUCUCUCCUUUACGGUGCAAACCUCACGGUCUUAAUGCGUGAGGCUAUUGAUAGCGUUUAUGCUCCAGGCUCAGCUCAUAAGUCAUGGUCCGAGAUGGAGAGCAUGAUAUCUUCAUUGAAUGAGAAAGCAGACAACUGGCUCGAUACUCUCCCAGCUACAUACCAGUUCAAAGAAAAAAGCAUAAGUGGAGUCGUGACGCGUCAACAUAUCAGCCUCGCUCUCCAUUUCUACUCGACAAAGCUUUUCAUCUUGCAACCUUGCCUUCGCGGACUACUACACAAGACAUUGGAAACCUCAGAACGCUCUAGCAUGGCCUCUGAUACCAUGCCGGUCAUUUGCAUCCAAUCUGCAUGUCAACUGCUCGACAUACUACCUGAUGAGCCAGACGUAACCUGGCUGUAUAGAGAUUGUCCGUGGUGGUGUGCUCUCCACUAUAUCAUGCAGUCUAUUACCAUCAUCUUGACUGAGUGCUUCAUCCGUACCAAGCUAGGCAAGACUGAUACCAUGAGUAUCGUGCCAAGAUUUAGAAAAGCCAGAGCCUGGCUGAAGGAGAUGUCCAAAACAGAUGAUUCUGCACGGAAAGCCUGGUUUGUUUGCAUGGACUUCAUCAUAUGUCACGGAUCGGAACUUGGGCUAGAUGCCGACGACAGUCUCUAG